AUGGGCCUCCCCACCAUCAGUGAGCGCAAACACUACCGCCUACUUCCGGGCGAGCCAGAAGAACCCACCUCCACCAUCGUCCUAACCUCAAAAGACUCCUACUUCGUCGAUGUCCGCAUCCUCCGUGAGAAGCUCGAGGAAGAAAAGAGCCAGGAAGCUAAUACAAAAAACUGUUUAGCAUGGGCAUUUGCCGGUAAAUCAAACACCACUUUGACCAAGGAUUCAUCGAUGCAGCUCUCACACACGGUCUGGGACCACUGGAUAGACUCGCGCACCAACAAUCCUGAUCCUGAUGAGGGCGAUAUGUGGGUGCAGCCCAAUGGAGACAUCCUGGAAAAGGGGAAGAAUAGUGAUCCGGUCACGGGGGAAGAGACCGAGUAUGAAGAACUUUGGCACGAUCUACAGGUGGAGGCUUUCGGCAAAAAGCACAACCGCAGCAGCUUGGUGAUGAGAGCGGACGAACCGGAAAGGAACAUAAGGGGAAUGGUUAUCAAAAUCGGAAGCUGGUGUGAAGGUAUACUGAAGGUUAAAGAUGAAUUGACUGUAGAGAGGUGGGAAUGGAAGCCGACAGAUUGCGCCAGCGACCUGGCCACUACUGAAAAUAGCAGAGGGAAAGAACGAACUCGCAAUGAUUGGAUCCGAACAUUCAAGAUCGGCCAAGGCAUUUUACCGUGCCAAAAUAUAUGCUCGCGUACCCAUGGCAAAUUUGGCCUGAACGCCGUGCUGAAAUCCACCACUGAUAUUGAUUGGAAAAGCGACAUUGAGUGGAAUGUCGUUGAGGAGUAUUACUGGUAG